GUUGCUCCGUGUGGGAGUACGUUUCAAAAGAAAACACCGCACGGAGCCGCUUUGCACAGCUCCGUGUUGGCUCAUUCCUAGCAGCACCUCUGCCACGAGAGGUGUGCAAAACCGGGUCCGGACCCAGCCUCAGCUGCUCGUGUGCUCUGCAAACAGCCCUUGGAGCGCACGAUUCCAGUUCCGAAAUCUAUCAGCACAUCUGCUCCAGGUUAAGGCAGUACAACUACAACCACGAAAAUCACCCCCACCCGCCUUCCCCUCAGCCUCCCCAAAUUCCUGGGUAAUAAUAACAUGUUGAACCGCCUUCCCUGGGAGCCCUGCGCAACAAAUGGAUGUGCGGAGUUUGCAAAUUAAGCUGCAGCGCUGUGACCCAGAUCUGAUAGGAGUUUCCUUUACAUCAUCCUCAACACUUCCGUUGCCAUAACAAAAGGCGAUUCCACUUUCUGUGCAGCGCAGCGUUGCUCACAGGGAAGCAAACCUCCAUUCUCUGCAUAACAAUCCUCUGAUGAAUAAACGGUAUGAAUAAUUUGAUAUAAACGAUGGUGGUGACGUAGCAGAGGACGCAUUAUAUUUUACACAAAAGUGUCCUCUUGGAGAUGUUGGACUUAACACAAAGAACGGCCCCUGUGCUGCGGGGGAGUGAAAGGCGCUGGGGGCGGCACAGCUGACACCGCCAAACACAGCUGGAGCUCUCAGCAAUACAUGGCUUUACAAGAUCCUUCACGUUUGCACAUGGAAUAAUAAGGAGUGUUUUUAUAAAUUGCAUUAAGAAUUGCUGAAGGGAGCACUUGAACCGUGGAGAAAGGAGAGGAGGGUGAGCUGUGGCUGGUGAGGGCAGGAGGUGCCCCAUGCAUGAGGGCAGCCCCGUGUGCCACCCACAGCCCCCAGAUGCCACAGCCUGCGAGGACGAACCCAGGCUGAGAGGUCCCUCAUUUCUUGCUCACUGGAGCUUUUCUGUGCUGCGAUUUGGAGAAGGCUCCGAUGCACAGCCGGUGGCUGGGAAAAUCAGCAUUGCAUUCAUGGAAAAUGUGAGGUUGUGCUGACAGCGGUGGAAAUGCUGCGUGCUGCUGGCUCUGCCCCGAGCUGCUGCCUCUCAUUCUGCAGCAGGAACACGAGCUCAGCCCAGGGCAGGAUUCAGCUGCACCAGUUCUCUCUUCACACUGCUGGUUUGCAGCUGAGCUGCUGGAACAGAGCAGGAACCUGAACCCUGUUAUGAGCAUCUGAGUCCCAAAGUCAGAUCAGUCGGGCCCUAAAGGCACCACGUGGGGCAGGGCAGGUGCUGCCCAUACCUCCCUCACACCUCUAAAAUCCCUCCCAUGUUCCAGUCCUACGUGCUCAGGGUUCAGAGCAAUGGAAGCAAAGAGUGCUUUCUCCCAGGAGAUACCUAUUGCACAGCGAGAAGCUUUAAAACCAAACUGUUACCCCACAGGGAAGGGAGCAAAUGAGAUGUUAACAAGCUGUGACAAACCUCUGGCAUGAGAAUUUUCAAGCAAGCUGUUCUGCAUCUAAGGCAAUCACUAAAGAUCACACAGCAUCUGAAAACUGAAGGAUAGAGCAGUGAAUAACCUCUCCCUGCUCCACUCCAGAGACCCAUCCGUAGGAAGCAGGGUUGUGAUUUGCACACUAUCUGCACCUGAUUAUGGCUAAUUUUUUGCAUACAGAGCAUGGAAAGGAUCCUGGUUGAGGCAUGGAAAAUACGUGGCCACAUGAGUCAUGUUGUAAUGGUUCAUAAAUCCUGAGAGAAUCACAAAAGCAAAACAUCCAACAUUGCAUCUUCCCUAUCCCUGCCAGCGGAACCCCACCUCUCGACACAGGGAUGUGGGAAUAUGGUGAAAGCAAAGGAAAUAGGAUCAUUUUCUCCUUGGAAUAGAGGAAUCUCAUCAAACAGCAGCCAGGCUCAGAUUUGCAGCCUUCACAGAAGAGGCCAUUCAUGAGGCGAAGAAACAGGAAUGAACUGCUCCUCAGGAUGCCAAACCAAAUUUACAAUUCCUACCGCCUGGGCUCCAGCUCCAUCCUUACCUCAUGGAGUGGCAGCCCCAGCACCCCACGCUGUGCCCUCAUUGCUGGAAAGGGCCCAGGGAGGCAAUGGGACAGGACUGGGACUUUCCCGGUGGUGCUGCGUGAGAGCACAGAAAGGCCUUACACUCCCAAAGAGUUGGAGAAGGAGGGACCAUGCAGCUCUCCAGAGCCAUCAGGGUUGGAACACCAGAGCAGUGGGGCUGGAACUGGGUGAUCUUUGCGGUCCCUUCUCUCUUAAGGCACCCUAUGAUUCCACAGCUCUGUGCAGGUUGUGCAAAUGGAGCGCUGCUCUCCUGGGGGUGUUGGGUGGAGGCUGCGCAUCUCUGGAAAAACACAGCUCUGCGUGGGCACGAGUGGCUGCAGUUCACUCUUAUCUGCCCAAGCACAGAGACUUCCCCAGCCCACGUCAGCCCCUCUCCUGCAGGAGGGCUCAGCUCGCCCUGCCUAUCAGCGGAAGCAGCACAUCUCCAUCAGGCCGGGACCUCACCGCUUAUCUGUGUGCGUCACAGCACCGGCUGCUGCUUCCUUCAGAUGGCCUUUAAUUAACCUCUGCAGCAAGAGCAAGGAGGGAGGGAAGCGGGAUUAGAAAUAAAGAAACAGAACUGUGGUGGGCUGAACCCAACAUGGGGGCUGCGGGGCGGAAACCAAACCCUGAACUGUCCCCAAGGCCAUGGAAGAGCCCUGCACAGCCCCAGGAGCUGGGGAGGCUGCGGCCCUCCAGCACUCCAUGGCUGUGUGUGGGGAUGACAUCUUUGAAGGCACUGAAGCAGUGUGGGAGGACCUCAAGCACUGCACAGUGCUGCUCGGAUCCCUCUCAAGCAGAAGGAUGCCAUGGGACACGGAGGCCAUAAGAGUUUCAAUGCAGUUUACACACUAAAUCAAAUUCAAAGUGUGUCAGAUGUGACUGUGCGUUAUUUUCAAGUGCAGCCCAGAGCAGGGAGGAGACCCAAAUGAGUCACUCGAGCUCUGACAAACAAUCCCUAUGGGUCUGGAUGCGUGCGUCCCCCCAACAGCUGACACCACAGCUACGUCUCUGCUCCGACCACGCUGGCUCUGGGAAUGCCGUGACAGGACGAGCCGGUGCUUCCGAGUGUUAAGGACUGCGAGGAGGAAACGCACAAGCACAGUCACUCACACAGCCUUUCCCAGCUGCCUCCCAGUAGUGCAGCUCCUGCAGCAGCAUGGGGACCUCCAGGAGUGGGCAGUUGGCACCGCGGCUCGCACUGUGCUGUGCUGCGUGGGGACUGGGCCUGGCGGCGCCUGAUUAUGAUGAUUACUCUCAGAACAGCACCAGCGAGCAGAUAACGACAGCAGAGAUCACACCGUGCCCCCGAGCCAUCCCCGGCGAAACGGCCACCAUAGACAACACGACGUAUCUGCUGCUGCACGAGGCCGCUCGCUCCCAGCUGAGCAGUGGGGUCACAGUGCUGCUCAUCCCCUCCCUCUACAGCCUCGUCUUCCUGCUGGGGCUGCCCUCCAACGGGCUGGCCCUCUGGGUUUUGGCUACCAGGACUGAGAAGCUGACCUCCACCAUCUUCCUGAUGAACCUGGCUGCAGCAGACCUGCUGCUCAUAUCGGUGCUGCCCUUCAAGAUAUUCUACUAUUUCCUUGGGAACAACUGGCCCUUUGGGGAAGGUCUGUGCCGGGUCACCACAGCUUUUUUCUAUGGGAACAUGUACUGCUCCGUGCUGCUGCUCACGUGCAUCAGUGUGGACCGGUACCUGGCAGUGGUGCAUCCUUUCUUGUCGCGUUCUUUCCGUACCCCUGCCUUUGCUGCCUGGACCUGUGCUGCUGUCUGGCUCUGCGCUGCUGUCAUCACUCUGCCCCUGACUCUGCAGCAGCAGUCGUAUCCCCUGUACAGAGCAGACAUCACCCUGUGCCACGAUGUUCUCCCUAGGCAGGAGGAUGACGGCUUUUACUUCUACUACUUCGUCUGCCUCGUCGCCUGCGCUUUCCUCGCUCCGCUGGUGGUGAUGCUGUUCAGCUACUGCUCAGUGCUGCAAGCCCUCCUGGGCAGUGGGAAGCGCUACUCCCACUCCAUGAAGCUCACUGCUCUCGUGCUGUUCACACUCGUGGCCUUCUACACUCCCAGCAACGUUCUCCUCCUCGUUCAUUACUCCAGCUAUCAGUGCAAGCUGUACGGCAGCUGGUACGUCGGCUACAUGGUGAGCCUGGCCAUCAGCACCUGUAACAGCUGUGCUGACCCCUUUGUCUACUACUACGUAUCAGAAGAUUUCCGGGAGAAGGUGAGGAGUACAUUCUUCAAUCGCAGCAAAACCCCCUCCUUACAAACCUCCAAAGAAACACUUCCUCAGAAAAGCUCCAAGGAGUCACUGGUGUAAGCCUCCAUCCCAGCUCCCUGCCCCAAGGCACUUCCAACACACUGCGGGGACGGGACAAAGCACUGGGACUUCACAGGUUUCACCCAGAGCAGUGAGGAGCAGUUCCCAGCAGACAAGCCUCACGAAGAAAGAACCACAUUUUUCUGCCUGCACAGCUAAGAGCAAAUCAACCCAGGUCACAGCGUUCCUUAAAGGAUGGUGAGUCCCAGUGACUCAACACGUGAGAUGUGGAGUGCUGAGCACAUAUAGAUCUGCCUCUGGGACACUGCACGCAACUUCUCAUCUGGUUACACACCGCCAGGAUGGUUUUGUUGUACACCCAGGUCUGCUUUUAAUGCGUGCUGUGAGCUGGCUGCUAUCUGCCUUCUAUUCAUUUUUCUGGCUUCCUUGCUGUCCUUGAACACAUUCUUUUUACCUAAAACUGAAGGAGAACAGGCACUUGCAUAACCAAAUUUCUAAACAUUUCAAAAAUAUCAGGAGGUACUUACAUAAAAGGCACCCAUUGCCUGAACUAAAAUGUUCUGUCCAGAGAACACAAAGCAUCAGCUUUUCUAGCUGUUAUGUUCUUGGCUCAACCAAGAAUCACCACCCCAGUAAAGGCAGCCCACGUCAUAAAUGUAAAAACCCAAUUCCUUCAUCCCUGUUGAUGCUAACGACCUCUGCUACCCAAAAGGCCAAAACUGUAUUCUGUCUCUUGAAGGAAAAUAUUAAAGAAGGAAAUGAGAAAACACUCAGAACACUUUUUUUUUUUUUUUCUUCAUAUCACAAAAUGAAGAGCUUUCUUUUAUGAAACAGGUGAUUACACUCAUUGCUCAGCCCUGGGGUGUGCUGCAAACUAUUCAAAACACAGCUCAGCUCUGGGCACAUCUCAACAAGGAGCAAGGCAGAAAACGAGCAACAAAAUUCCUUAGAGUUCCUGAAUUUUGUGGUUCUAUUGGUACAGCCACGACUGUGAUCUACAACCAAACCACCCUACAGCCUACAGUGUGAAUAAAGAGACAGAAAAGAUUGUUUUAAAAUCAGUUUUUAAUAAAAUAUUUACCAGAAUCUAAAACAAACCCUUUUCUGGACUCAAAGUUGCUAAGAUGUGUGUGUGAACAAAACAAAAAUGCUCAUAGAAUGGUGUGCUCACAUGUAAGUGCUGGGGUGGAAUGCAGGUGAAAAAGCAGAGCCCAUCUCCUGUGGGUGCAGCAGUGCAGCUGGAGAGGCAGCGCAGACUGCUGUCACUCCAUCAGGAGGAGCAAGCACCAGAAAACCAAAACAGGAAAAGAAACAACAAAAUGAGCUGAGGUUUUCCAAAUAGGUCAUCUGUCAACCAUAAUGCAAACCAGGUUACCCCGCGUUAAAUAUCAGUUGUCAGUGUUAGCAAAGCAAGUGCUGUCGUUUCCAUGAUGUUAUUCAAGCAAGCUGAACGUUCUGAGGGUUUUUCUCCUACUGAGGCUGAUUAAAAAGAAGGGAAAGAGCUAAGACUAAAACACCCAGACAACAAAGGACAAGGGAGCUAUUGCUUUAAAAUAAAUACCAUAGUAAUGGUUACUCUGCAUAAUGUACAGUUACAAAUAUAUAAAUAUUAAUUUCACUGAAAGGAUUGCAAGCAGAAAGUCACCAAUAAUUAGCACUGCUGUUGGCUAUUUAGUAACGUAACUUGGGGGAAGCAGAAAUCUGUCUCACAAACCCAUCAGAGAAAGGAAAGGAGAAGCAUCUCUCUAACAGAGGGAGGCACACAUCUCUAAGCCACAGCCAACUCACAGCCCAAAGCAGCAGCAGCUCUGCUGGCAUUCCACCACUGGGUUUGUCUCUUCCUUGGUGACAAAUGAACCCAUUCUCUCCUAGCUAUGAAGAGGAGACAGCCCAAUGAUUGCCCUGAAACUGCCCCAAGGAGCCCCUUUCUUGAAUCUGGAGUUACUCCAUUACACACAGCAGGGCCUGAGGAAAAUGAAGUCACAUUUAACACUCAGCUCAAACCCUCUGCCUUCAUCAGCUCAUCCCACUGGGGACACUGCUGGACUGCCCAAGGAUCUACGAGAGCACCAACAUGAAAUUACCUCAAACAUCCUUCUGAAACUACUGAAGGGAUGAGACAGGAAAAUUGAACCCAGGAAGGGAAAGAGCACAGGAGGCUGAAGAGCUCAGGCACAGGUCCCAUCUUCCCAGGGCAGUUGGUUACACUGACAGAAUCACGGUGCCCAAAUGUCUUAUUCUCCCGACUCAAAGCACUGAACAGAAGCUGAAACCAGUAAACAGCAGGGUUUGUAUCGUGCAGCUUUGAUAGCCAGGAAAAAAAAAAAA